AAUGUGACAUUAAAAUUUAACAUUGUCAAUGCGAAAUCGUAGCUUCGUUCAUUUUGCUUUUAUUAAAAACAUUAAUCCCUUUAAAUUAUUUCACUAAUAAUUGUUUCGAACUCAAAAUGUAUAUGUUUCUAUUUAGUUACGUAUCUGUGACUUAGUUCAUGCGAGAAAUGAGUAAAACCGACAAACGUGACUUUGAAGAUCGGUACUCUGCAUGUUUCGUUGAUUUCGGAUUGAAAACAGUGACAGGGCUCUUAAUAGGCAGCAUGAUGGGUAGUUUCUUCUUGAGAGGCUACAAGAAAUGGCCAAUGUACAUCGGCGGCGGUCUCGGUUUCGGGAUGGCGUAUUCUAAUUGCGAGAACAGCCUCAACGACUAUUUAUUGGCAAUGAAUCCCAAGCCUUGUUCUAUCAAAAAGCGGCCUUAAACAGUCCUGCCGUCGUCACUUGGUUGUAGUGAGCAUGUAUUGUACUAUUGUUUUUUAAUUUUAAUAAAUAUUGAAGUUUAA